AUGGGUCGAACUCGGGAGGCUGGCUGUGUGGCUGCUGGUGUGGUGAUCGGGGCUGGCGCCUGCUACUGUGUAUACAGACUGACCUGGGGAAGAGAUGACAACGAGAAAAUCUGGGACUACAAUGAUGAUGACGAAGAUGGAGAAUCUAGUGAUAUUACAGAAAUUGGGGUGGAGGCUGGGAAAGGAGCUAAUACUGCAGUGGGGGGCAGAGCUAGAUUUCAGGGUGACUCAAAGGCCAAAGUUAAAGUGGGCAAGGAACUCAAGAGUGGUCCAGAUAUAAAAAUGGAAGCCUACUCAGGAACCCAGAGAGGAAGUGGCCUAGAGGCCAAGGCCAAGGCCCUUUCAGCAUACUGA